AUGGCAAGCCAUACCAACACAACAGAACGAGAAGAAUAUUUCAUGGUAGGAUGGUUUAAAUAUCCCAAAGACCUCGAUAUCAACUAUGAUCUUCUUCAAUUACUAUAUAUCAUCAUUAUCAUCACAUCUCUGCCAUUAAAUGUCAUAUUCCUAGCAAUGAUAAUCAAAAACCCUGGCAAUAAAACUUGGACUAAUAUGAGCAUUAUACUCGCAAGUUUGAGUAUAAUGAAUUUAGCUGCAAACGGUGUUUCUACAGUGAACGAAGUUUAUAAGAUAUAUGAAGGAGAUCAGAUGACACUCAUAAGUAAUAAUGUGAUGACAAGCAUCCUGGCAAUGGCGUUCACAAAAUAUUACGUUAGUACUUUCCUUUUAGCGUUUAUUACAUACGCUAUGAUAGUUAAACCAUUGUUAUAUAAAGCUAUGUCACCUAAACCAAGAACUAUGGUGUUUAUAAUUCUAGCACUGUGGUUAACUGCUGCAGGAGUGUUUCUAAUUCUACCAUUAUUUAUCGACGAUUACAGUGAUAUUAUGCAGACGAUUGUGGCAGUAUUUAUUUGGCUGUUUACAUUUGUGAUGGCAAUUAUGUAUGCAAAAAUUUUGACCACACUUCGACGUAGAAAACGUGAACUACAAAGCACAUUAAAUGUGGCAGCCUCACGUCAGGGUUUACUGGUUAUUAAACAGAAUUCAAAGCUAGCUACAACACUGUUUUUAUACAUUGUAAGCUUGGUUUUACAGACAUUACCCAUAACUACAUGUUUAUUUUUAUUAAUUAACUGCCCGCCUUGUAAUAAACCACUAACUAUAACGCUUAUUCUACAUCUCCUUCCCCCUGCGUUGCUAAUGUCUGUCUUGUUCCCAAUCCACUGGCUGUUCGGCACGCCACAGUACUACAACGAGAUCAAGAGACUGGCUUCGAAACUGAUGACGUUUACCGCAGUGCAACGUGGAACUACUUGA